AUGGAUCUGCUGAACCCUGAGCAGAUCUCGGAGUUCCGGGAGGCGUUCGCGUUCUUCGACAAGGACGGGGACGGGUGCAUCACGGUGGAGGAGCUGGCGACGGUGAUGGGUUCCCUGCAGGGGCAUCGCCCCAGCGAGGACGAGCUGGGCGAGAUGAUCCGCGACGCCGACGCCGACGGCAACGGCACCAUCGACUUCCCCGAGUUCCUGGCGCUCAUGGCGCGCAAGACCGCCGCCGGGUCCGCGUCCGGGGGUGCCGGCGGCGCCGACGGCGACGACCCCGACGAGGAGCUCCGCGAGGCGUUCAAGGUGUUCGACAAGGACCAGAACGGGUACAUCUCCGCCACCGAGCUCCGCCACGUCAUGAUCAACCUCGGCGAGAAGCUCACCGACGAGGAGGUGGAGCAGAUGAUCCGCGAGGCUGAUCUUGACGGCGACGGACAGGUCAACUACGAUGAGUUCGUCAGGAUGAUGAUGCUCUCCGACGGUGCCGGCGCUGGCGGCGGCCACGCCGGUGCUGGAACCACCGGCCACCACCAAUGA